AUGGCUGGUUACGGGUAUAAGCAUUGUGUGCACAGACCUGAUACUGUUCUUCCAAAGUUCAAUAUUGACUUUGUUGUAGCUCUGCUGAGGCAAGAAAAUGCUAAAGACAUCUGUGUCAUCCAGCUACCUCCAGAAAUAAAAUACUGUAAUUAUUUUAUAAUCGUGAGUGGAUCUUCAACACGACAUCUCCAUGCAAUGGCACAGUACAUGCUGAAAAUGUACAAGCAUUACAAAGAAGAAAGUGAUCCUCAUACUCGGAUUGAAGGGAAAUGCAUUGAUUGUGGUAGCAUAGUGAUGCAUUUCAUGCUGCCAGAGACACGGGAGGCUUAUGAAUUGGAGAAGCUGUGGACUCUUGGUUCCUAUGAUGACCAGUUAGCACAGAUGAUUUCACAAUCACUGCCAGAAGACUUUAUAUUUGGACUGACUCCUAAUGGCAAUGAUCAUCUUGAGACAAGAACUUAA